UUCCAGCACACACUCUCUCUCACACAGAGACUGUGGUGGUGCUGGAGUGUGUUUAGGUGGGUUUGGAUCUGCGCUCCCGCUGCAGCAUGACGGACCCUCAGAAGGAGCCGCAGGAGGACCCCAACCAGAGCUUCUGGAUGCCCAGUAACUAUGUGGAGACGGUGCAGCGGACUCAAAAUGCCUUCCAGGUGUGUGAGGACAUUGUGGCGUGCUUCAAGGACCGAGCGCGAGUGGAGAAACGUUACGCUCAGCAGCUGAAAGAGUGGAGCAGCAAGUGGAAAACUAUAGCAGACUCCAGGCCACUCUAUGGCUCCCUCAUGCGGGCGUUUCAGAGUUUUUUCUCCUCCGCUGAGCGUCUGUCUGUUCUUCAUUCGUCCAUCUCUCACUCCCUCGUUUCGGAGGAUGAAGAGCGUAUCCACACGUGGCAGAAGGAGGCAUUCCAGCGGAAAAUGUUCUUUGGGUUCCGGGAGACAUAUGACCUUGAGACGGCGUUUGCACGAGCUCAGAAACCCUGGGUGAAGAAACUGAAGAAGCUGGAAAGCGCUCAGCAGGCGUAUCAUAAAUGCUGUGAGAAGGAGCAGAGUGCUCUAGAUAAAGAACGGCAGGCCAAAAACAACCCCAACCUCAAGGAACACAUGCUCGCCAAGAUCCAGCAGGCCCGUGAGAAAGCCACACAGGACCGAGACAAAGCUCGUGAACGUUAUGAGAAGGUUCUGGAGGACGUGACGGGCUACGCCCCGCGCUACAUGGAGGAGAUGGAGGCGGUGUUUGACCAAUCACAGGAGCAGGAGAGGAAACGCAUCAGCUUCCUCAAACAGACCUUCCUGUCCAUCCACAGACACCUCGAUGUCACCAACAACGACAGUGUGAAGGCUGUUUACAGUGACCUCCACCACACUCUGAUGUCCAUCUGUGAGCAGGAGGACUUGCGCUGGUGGAGGAACAACCGUGGUCCAGGCAUGCCCACCGACUGGCCCUCACUGCAGGAGUGGGUUCCUCCUGUUAAGAAGAAGAAACAUGGGAAGAAGCCAAAGCCACUGACAGGAGACGAGAAAACGGUUAUGAUUGGAGGAGUGCGAGUGAAAGCUCUGUAUGACUAUGUUGGGGAGGAGUCUGAUGAGCUGUCAUUCAAAGCAGGGGAGGAGUUUCUGAAGGUGGACGAAGAGGAUGAGCAGGGCUGGUGUCGCGGGGUGAAAGAGGGUGGAGCUGAAGGCUUCUAUCCAGCCAAUUACGCACAGGUUGUGCAGUGAUGUCAUCACGACCCUCGGGAUGCUCGUUCAAAUCGAGGUUGUCAUGGAUACGGACCGUCAAAUCAGAUGAAGUUUGAGAAUGUCCUCAUUAGGGCCCCAGACGUCACACAGCCUCCUGCACCGUCCGUCCUGUUUUAACAUUUCACUGUUUUACCCGCUCUAACUGACCACACUCAGCCAAUCAGCUCAUUAACACCUUCGUUAAUCAGUCAGAGCAGACAGUGGAGCUGGGGUUCAGAACCACUACUCUGCUUUCAUUACUUCGGUUAUACACACACACGUUAUAUAAUUUAUUAUAAGAGACUAUAAAUCAGUGUUAUAUUAUCUCUGUGUUAGUUUUCCUGUGGACACCAGGGGGCGAGAUGAGCAACAAGCCUCUUUCGGUGCUUAACGACUGUUUUAAACUCUUUUAAACCUUUCAGGCAUUGGAAAGUUGGGUUGUUGUUAUUAAUAAUAAUUAUUGUUAUAUAGAUAUGGUGCUUAAUCCAUUGUACUACAAAAAUUGUACAAGAAAAAAAAAACGAUUAAAAUUCUGAUACACAUA